CGAAGCGGCGGCCGAGGCCGGCGAAGGUACGGGGAGAUGGCGACGGCCGCACAGGCCUCAGGUCACGGCACUAUGGGGCUCUCCACCGUGGAGAGGGUGGUGAAAGCUGUUCCGAUUCCCCCAGCCCGCCGCCUCACCAUGCAGGACGUUUACUCAGAAGGGAAACCCAAACUUGAUGUCCUGAGGGCUCACUUCAUUAAAGAAGGGAGACUGGAGGAAGAUGCUGCCAUCAAAAUUAUUGAGGAUGGAGCUGCUAUCUUUCGCAAGGAGCGGACGCUUAUCGAAGUGGAUGCCCCCAUCACAGUUUGUGGUGACAUUCAUGGUCAAUUCUAUGACCUGAUGAAGCUAUUUGAAGUGGGUGGCCCACCCAGCAACACUCAAUAUCUGUUCCUUGGAGACUACGUAGAUCGUGGCUACUUCAGUGUUGAGUGUGUGCUGAUGCUCUGGGUUCUGAAGAUUCACCAUACUAGUACGAUGUUUCUGCUACGGGGGAAUCAUGAAUGUAGACACCUCACUGAAUAUUUUACCUUCAAGCAGGAAUGCAGGAUCAAGUACUCAGACCAUCUCUACAACGCCUGCAUGGGUGCGUUUGACUGUCUCCCCUUGGCUGCAAUAGUUAAUCGUCAGUUCCUAUGUCUGCAUGGGGGCCUCUCACCUGAUGUGCACACUCUAGACGACAUCAGGAGAUUAGACAGAUUUAAGGAGCCACCAGCCUUUGGGCCUAUGUGUGACUUGCUGUGGUCAGACCCAACAGAGGAUUACGGCAACGAAAAGACACCAGAUCACUUCAGUCAUAAUACUGUACGAGGCUGCUCCUACUUCUUUAGUUAUGCUGCAGUUUGUCGCUUUUUACAGCACAACAACUUGUUGUCAGUAAUCCGUGCACAUGAGGCUCAGGAUUCCGGGUACCGAAUGUAUCGGAAAAACCAGGCAACUGGCUUUCCAUCUUUAAUAACCAUUUUCUCUGCACCAAAUUAUCUAGAUGUCUAUAAUAACAAAGCUGCUAUAUUGAAAUAUGAAAAUAAUGUGAUGAAUAUUAGGCAAUUUAACUGCUCCCCUCACCCUUACUGGCUUCCAAACUUCAUGGAUGUCUUCUCCUGGUCUCUGCCCUUUGUUGGCGAGAAAGUUACAGACAUGCUGGUCAGCAUCCUGAACAUUUGUACUGACGAUGAGCUCCUGGAUGAUGAGGAUGCUUUGCAGAACGAUCGCAAGGAAGUCAUCAAGAACAAGAUCCGUGCAAUUGGCAAGAUGGCCAGAGUCUUCACUGUUCUCAGAGAGGAACAUGAAAAUGUACUGACAUUAAAAGGCUUGACUCCAAGCGGCACCCUGCCUUUUGGUGCCUUGGCAGGAGGAAAACCAACCUUGGAGAAAGCAAUGACUGAUGCAGUAUCCUCUCGUUCAGGGAGAGGUUCGCUGCAGAGGAUCAGCUUUGAACAGGCCAGGGGCUUGGACCGGAUCAAUGAAAGGAUGCCUCCCCGCAAGCCGCAGAUGAUGAACCAGCCCCAAGCUUCAGCUCCAUCUCCGACUCCUCCACCAGCUCCAACGCAGGCUCAAGUGCGAGCUCAGACCCAGGCUCGGGCUCAGGCUCAGGCUCAGGCUCAGGCUCAGGCUCGAGCCCAGGCCCAAGCACAGAUGAAAUGGCCCCCUCAGGGUUACCAAACUACCCGUGGACUGCAAAACGCCUCCCCACAGCAGCAGCAGGUACCUGGGCGAGUCCCAUUUGGCACCAACAUACCUGCUGAUCGCCGGCAGCAAGCAAUGGGCCAACGCCCCGUGCCCACACAGCCAGGGUUGCCAACUGCCAAGAGCACCCAGGGAAUGAAAGGAAAAGAUAAGAUGGCACACUAACAGUUCGCCUGCCCUUUGUCAUAGGGGCAGUGAGGUCCUAUUUAUUUAUUGUAAUUGCUUGGGAGUGUCCUGAGACCCAUAGCUCCCAGCCUGUCCGUUCGCCUCCAUUGUGAUUGGUGCCCAGUUUUAGUGGAAUAUUGAGAAAUUUGAUCUCUUUGACUUCGCCUCCCUCUUGGACUGAAGUAACUGGAGAAAAACCAACUGACGUAUCCCUUGAGUUUGCGCGGGCCUUGCUAAGUUUUCUGAAGGAGCAUUCUGGGGAUACGUGCAUUUGAGAAGCGUAGAACUAUCUCAGUCCCACUCGUGAGUCAUCUUUGCACUGAGUGCCCAAGUCUGAUAUUUGUUCUCACCCUGGCUCAGGGUGUUGAGGGGAGAAGCACUGCACUACUUGUGUUGCACUGCAGUAGGCACUGACAGACAGGAAACCCAGAAGAUGUCAGUGUGUUCUCAAAGGCAUCACUUGCCUCCUUUGUGAUGACUGACCUGCCAUCGCCCACUCCCCUGUGCAGGCCCAAAUACCUGCUACCUUCACCUAUACUUGCAAUGACUUGUACUGUUUCAGCUGGUGAGGCUGAGGACAUACGCGCAGAGCUACUCGGCUCUCCUGUCUGCUCAUUUUCAACCACCUGAACAAUCCUGCCCACGGAGAACUCUAUCCCAGUUCCCAAUGAGUCAAUCGUCAGCUUUUUCACAAAUCUGGCUCCGAUUUGUUUUUAUGUGUGGUUCGUGGGAAGCCUUUUGGAAGGAGGAAGCAUGCAAACAAAAUUGAUUUGUUCCAAGCUUUUAUUUUAAAAAAUAACAAGCCUGUUUAUGGUACAAUGUCUGUAUCCCAUCUCGAAACUUCAUUUUAAAAUGAAUGAACCUGUAUGUGUAAACUAGAUUGAAUCCUGAUGAAUUGGGAAUGUCAGCUUGAGAAAGAUGUUCUGUCAUGACCUCUGGUGUUGUCUUUGGGGACAUGUCUCUGAGCUGGUGCCUGUCUGUGAGGUCAGUUGAAAAGUGACUGAAAUCAACUCAGCCUGUCCCGUUCUCCUUCUCUGCCUUGCCUGUGUCUUUCUCCCCGUUGUAUCUGCAACUCUAUCUGUCUCUCUCUGUCUUUGUUCCUUUCCACUACUCUCUCUGACUACUCUCUCCAUUACUUUCUUCCCCACUUUUUUUCUUAUUCUAACUGACUGUCUGUCUCUUCUCCCACCCAUGUUGCAUACUGUCUCUUUUGCCAGCUCUCUCAUGCUUGAUAGCAUUGUCAGUAAUCAGGACCCUCCUGCAGUUUUCUUGUAACCGAGCUCUGAGUGUUGUACAUUUGGAAAUCUGAUUGAUUGGGUUCUGCUCUGCAGAUUACAUCAUCUUGGUCAAACUUGUCCUAUUUCAGUAUUGAGUUCAGAACGUUGCAGUGCUUGAGGAGAUGAUCAGAGAGAGAACAGAUCUGAGAUCUUUAGUAUACAUCUUUUAUCACCUGGCCUUUGGGAUGGAAAAUUAACAGUUCUUGAAGUUAACAAGCUGGUGACAGUUAAUCUUCCCAAACCUGUGAAAUGGUUGGGCAACAAAGACCUUCUGGAACAUUACUCUCACAGUUCAAAUAUGCUUGCUUUAAAACUCUGCUUUAUCUGGGAAAUGAUGUUCAGAUCUCCUUACCCAAUGAAAGCUCAUCCAGGAGAUUGCAUGAAUCAAGAAAAUCUAGGUUGUACUGCACAGAUGUUAACUGAUGUCACUCAGUUUCCCAAAGCAAAAAGUUAUAUUUUUGGUUCCCCAUCUGAAGAGUGCUGAAAGUAACUAAAAUGAGCUGCAGUACCUCUGCCACUGACUGUCUGAGAAAAACAGUGACCAUCCAGUGUUUGCAAAUUUCGGAUCUUUAGUGUGCAAUUUGGGAAAAUUUUUCCCAGUGUGUGCUUUCAUUGUCUUGCAAUGUCUGUUUGCAGUGCUCUUCGUUCAAGUCCCUGACUACUUAAUGGCAACACACUGCCAAUUCUAGACUGUACAAUGAAUCCUAAUUCACCCUGAACAAAGGGAAUAUGCUCUGAAACAAUGUUGGCAGUACCCACCCAAAACUGUUGGCACAAGUCAGUGUCAUUGCCUUUGGAGGUAGUGGUACAUUGGUUAGCAGGACAAUUGUCCGAAGACAGCGGUAUUGGGUUUGUUGUAGCUCUGAACAAAAAGAUCCUCCAGAUGACGAUCACUUUGUGAAUAUUCCAGAUGUUUGGCAACCGACAGUCACAAAAUGUUAGUUUGACUGCAUGUGGUCAGGCCCAUACAUCAAAGUUGCAGCGCUCCUUGGGUGAGCUCUGUUCUUUCUUGCAGCACUCCUCGGGUGAGCUCUGUUUUUGCAGCACUCCUCGGGUGAGCUCUGUUUUUGCAGCACUCCUCGGGUGAGCUCUGUUUUUGCAGCACUCCUCGGGUGAGCUGUGUUGGGCUACAGCUGGGCAAAGGAAGGUAGCUGCAUUUGUACAACAGAGGGCAGAGGUGAUGCAAGAUGCCAAGCAUCACUAGUCAGGGAUGGAUUCCUUCUCGUGUGGAUUGCCACAGACUAGGAAAUCCGUAUUGGUUAAAGGUUGCUUGCUCAAAGGAACCAGAGAGUUGCUUUCAGGGUUUAUCCCUCGUCUUCCCUCCUGUUAAAUGCCAAGUACUGAAACCUAUGACUUUCCAGAGAAAAGUGAGUACAACAGGUGAAGAGGUAAGCUCUUGAGGUGUUUUAAUUAUUAAACUCACUUGUUGGUGAGGGUCUCAAUGAAAUCUCUUUGUUCUCACUAUUUUUACGUCAAAGGGGGGCAUGAGGUCAGCUUGAAGUGUACCAGGCCAGAGACUAUCCACACUGAGGCAUUGAUGGAUUGCUCAGAUUGGCAGUUUGCUGCUAGAGACAGUUCUGAGUGAGAGCAGUCCAUGCCACCCCUUUCCUCCCAACCAAAGAUCUAAUGCCCAACACAAGCUUCAAGUGAAUGCAUGUUUGCCACAGUCGGAUUUCAGGGGCUGUUUGGUUUGCGAUCAUAGACUACGGGGUAGAAGCUUCCUCAAAUUAAAAUUAUAAUGGGGAGAAAGGGCCUUCAGAGAAACCUGACCCUCUCCUCGCUGUUUUAACCACUUGACUUCCAAUUCAACACAAAGAUUAUUAUUUUGGUGUCUUUUCUUUUAAGAAAGAAAAGUCCUUUUUGCAGAGUCUUUUUAAAAAAUGUACCGUUACUGUUCCCCUUUUGUAAGAAAGAAAAGGACAGCUCCCCACAGGACAGACAUUCUACAUUGAUACUGUUGGUUAAAAAGAGUUUCAUUAACUUGUGUUUUUUUUUGUAAGUGCACUGAGAAGACUGUCACAGUUUCUAAUUUAGUAUAGUGAUAAGAUAAUAGUGAACUUUUCUUGUAAAAAAAAUUUUGCAUUAAAAAUCCAAGUUUGGUUUUAUUA